CCCAAAGUGCUAGCAGUACAAGCUAGAGGCACCGUGCCCGGCUGAGACUCAGGUUUUCUUCCUGUUAGUUGGGCUGAUGCCUGCUCAGCUGAGGCCUGGCUCCAGGCUGCUGUGUCUUGAAGCCCAUGGAAUGGCAGGGACCAGGCUGGGGUGACCAACACACCCCCACCCCCAGUUUGCCUAGGAGUGAGGGGUUUUUGGGGAUGAGGGACUCUCAGUACUGACACCAGGAGCAUGUGGGAUAAGGUGCCUGCUUUAGACGGGCCCAGGAAAGGAGACGUGUGGUUUCCCAGCGCACCAGGUCCUAUCACAACUGCUACGGAGCUCUCCGCUUUCUGAAAGCCCGAAUGCCCACAGGGAAGGGCGGGAGGUUGCCAUCUCCACACCCUCUGAGUCUGAGCCCUCCCUUUCUUCUGCUCCUCUGCCUGCAGCCCCGAAGAGGGUCCCCAAGUAAAGUACCCCCUGUUGGAAGCCAGCAUCUGGGACCUUCCAUACACUCAUUCAAUUCUCAUGAUGAUUUUUUUGAGCAAUAUCGCCUGUUUGACAAUGAGGAAGCUGAGGCUUAGAGAGGGAGAAGCAACUUGCCUGAGUUUACACAGCCACUAAGUGGGGGUGAGUGUGGGAUUCAGGCCCCAGACUCUCCACCCCAGGCUGUCUCUGUGUGCAGGAGGCUGUGGUGAUGGGCGUAGGGGAGGGUCAGCCACAGGGACAGUUCACCUGAAGAACACGGCCCCAGAGCCCUCUGUGUUAUGCUCCCAGCCUCUGGGCUGCAGCAAGUCCUGUCCUGAUUCACCUAGAUGCCCCCCUCGACCGGGGAACCCGGGGGGCCAGGCCUUGCAAUUUUGCCCCUGCCCUCUCUGCUUCCAGGAACUGGCUGAGAGCUUUGCCUUCUAGGAAAUGAGAACUGCCUAAGUGGGGGUUGGUGGCUGUGAGUGUGUUCAUAACGAUGAAAUAUGUCUCCAAGCUGGUGGCUUCUUCCCAAAGUCCCUGCCCCAGAAAAGUGGGGCCAAGCUCGGGGGGUAGAUUCUUACCCCAGAUAGGAACUCUACCCCAAAGAAACUCUGCUGCCCUGAAGGUGCCAUGCCUCUGAAACUCCUCCUGCUGCUGAUCCUGCUGGGCCCUAGCAGCAGCUUGCAGCCGCGGGACCCCUGGGCAGAUGGAGCCAAGAAGGCCCUGGGCCCCCUGCUUGCCCGGGGCCGGAGACAGGCCAUUGAAGAUUAUGACCUGUAUGAUGAGCCUGUGCCGGAAACAGAGGCUCCAGAAAUACUGAAUAACAUCACCAACGCCCCUCUUCUGACUGGGCCUGGAACUCCUGAGCCCACCACCGUGGAGCCUGCUACAAGGCCUUCUAUUGGCCUGGAUGCAGGAGGGGCAGUCACAGAGCUGGGCACGGAGCUAUCCAACAUGGGGACCCUGUCCAUGGAGCCAGCAGCCAUGGAGGUACAGACCACUCAACCGGCAGCCACAGAGGCACAGACCACUCAUCCGGUGGCCACGGAGGCACAGACCACUCCACUGGCAGCCACAGAGGCACAGACCACUCCACUGGCAGCCACAGAGGCACAGACCACUCAACUGGCAGCCACAGAGGCACAGACCCCUCAGCCAGCAGCCACGGAGGCACAGACCACUCAACCGGCAGCCACAGAGGCACAGACCACUCAACCGGCAGCCACAGAGGCACAGACCACUCAACCAGCAGUCAUGGAGGCACAGACCACUCCAUCGGUGACCACAGAGGCACAGACCACUCCAUUGGUGGCCACAGAGGCACAGACCACUCCACCAGCAGCCAUGCAGGCCCUGUCCACAGAACCCAAUGCCACAGAGGCCCUGUCCACAGAGCCUAAUGCUACAGAGCCCCUGUCCACAGAACCUACUACCAAAAGGGGUCUGAUCAUGCCCUUUCCUGCAUCCUCUGUUACUCCCAAGGGCAUCCCCAUGGCAGCCAGCAAUUUGUCCACCAGCCACCCAGUGGGGGCCCCAGACCAUAUCUCUGUGAAGCAAUGCCUCUUGGCCAUCCUCGUCUUGGCAAUGGUGGCCACUGUCUUCCUCGUGUGCACUGUGGUGCUGGCAGUCCGCCUUUCCCGCAAGAGCCACAUGUACCCCGUGCGUAAUUACUCCCCCACCGAGAUGGUCUGCAUCUCCUCCCUGCUGCCUGACGGGGGUGAGGGCCCCCCCGCCACAGCCAAUGGGGGCCUGCCCAAGGCCAAGAGCCAGGGCCUGAUGCCAGAACCUGGGGAGGACCAUGAGGGGGACAACCUCACCCUGCACAGCUUCCUCCCUUAGCUCCCUCUGCCAUCUGUUUCGGCAAGACCCCAGCCUCCACAGUCUCUCCUCGGCCACCCCUGGGUACCCGGACCUCAUUCCACAGCUCUGGGCUUCCUCGGAGACCCCUGGGGAUGGGGAUCUUCAGGGAAGGAACCCUGGCUGCCCAAGCAGGACAAGAGCAGCCAAGGUCUUUGGGCCAAGCAGACUGGCAGGUGGCCACCUCUUUCCUCCCUCCUUGAAUGAAGCCCGGUCACUUCCCAGCCACCUACAGGCCACAUUUCAGCCAAGGGCGGGGGUAGGAGGCCAUUUAUUCAAGAGAGAGUCUCUCCUUUUUCCUAUCCCCGUCUUCUCUGGGUCCCUCUCAUGUCUCCCGUGGCUCUCUCCGAUUCUCCAGGUCACUGGAGUCUCAUCCCACAUACCCAAGGAAGAUCGAGUUCUCCCACCCCACCCACAGCGCCAUUUUCUUCUGGUUGCCAUGGUCACCAAACUGGUAGGGGACAUUCUAGGGGAGGAGUACUGAGGAGUGACAGACUCCUGAGGCUGUUUCCUGCUGCUCCUCCAACCUGGGCAGCUGGGGUCUUCUUGGGCACCUCUCUGGGAAAACCCAGGGUGAGGCUCAGCCUGUGAGGGCUGGGAUGGCUUUGGCAAGCCCGAGGGCAGAUCUUUCUUUUGGACUGGGUGGACCAAGGAGCUUCCAUCUAGGGACAAGUGACCCCUAGCCGUCCUCUCCCACCUCCCCCCGUGGCCACUUUCUAGGGUGGGCUCUGUCUUGUUCACUGCAGUAUCCCAACUGCAGGCACAACGCAGACACUCAAUAAAUGUGUGAUGGACAAAC